AUUACAGAGGGCUACUUGUGUCUUAAACAUGUGACUAAGUGAGAGAGAGAGAGAGCGCGCGCGAGAGAGAGGCACAGGGGGAGAGCCGAGGCGCCCAUGCCUGUUAUCUGCUGAGCGUCUACCUACAGUUUCUAAGGGAUCUGGACGCUCCGCUCCUGCGCUCCUCCACACGGCGAUGCGGAGUAGGCGGGUCAAGUAGGAAGAACGACGCCGGGGCGGAAUUCACAACGGGAUAUUUAGCUGUCUUCGUGGGGCGGCUGUCCGUGUCCCGGUACCCGCAUUCCGUCGCAUCCGUCCGACGCUGGGACCCCGACGGGUUUAUGGCUGAAUCCAUUGCGCUCCGAGGCGUCUUUUUUAAUCUUCUAAUCGUCAGCUCCUUUGCGCUCCUCGAGGCUCUCUCCUCCUCCUCCUCCCCCUCCUCUCUCCCCUCCUCUCCGUCUCUCCUCUUGACUACAUCUCCUGCUGGAUGAUUUCAUUUUGUAAAGUCAUUAUCCCGAGAAAGGUCAAAGCCUUUGCUUCCAGGAACGUUGCAUUACUCCAGGAUAAGCCGACUGUCACCCCUAGGCGCACACCGUCUGCUCCCUCAAAGUUUCUCACUGGUGUAGAACCGUGCGUCGGAUUUGUCCGGAGCAGCCUUCCUCGCCACAAUCACUUUUUUUUCUUCCUUUUUACCUUUUCUCGGAUCCCUGUGUGUAGGAGUGAUUUUUUGGAGUGCUUCUUCCCCUCUGCGGAGUUGCUACUGAACCCAGACAAACUGUGAAAUGAGUUUUUCGACCAUUUCGUCAAUUGAGAGCCACCGAGAUUCAGCGAGAGAAUGGGAGAUACCGAGUUAAACUUUAUCUGCUGUUCCACACCGCGGUGUUCGGGGGCCGUUGAGGUGAUGCAGGUCCCCCGGUCAUCCCAGUGGAGGAGCCAGCUGAUGACAGGUGUCUCUGUCUGCUGAACGCAGCCCCAUCCCCUCCCCUCCCUCAUCCCUCCCCCUCCCGCUGCACACCACUACCACCUCCUCCUCCCCUCCCUCCAUCUCUGAUGGCUCUAUGGGGCGUCGUCAGCCUCAGCCUUCACUGCUGGGUGUGUCUGCGGUCCGGUGCAGCGGCAACGGCGGCAGUGGUCAGCCUGCCCAAUGACAAACCCGGGGGACCCCUGGACUGGCUCCUGUCGGAUAAGGGGCCCUUCCACCACUCCCCGGAGUACAUCGACUUCGUGGAGAAGAACCGGCAAGGCUUCUCCACCAGAUACAAGAUAUACAGGGAGUUCGGGAGAUGGAAGGUGAACAACUUGGCAGUGGAGAGGAGAGAUUUCCUGGAGUCUCCGUUACCUCUAACCCCUGAGUUCAUCAGGAACAUUCGACUGCUGGGCCGCCGGCCCACCACCCAGAUGAUCACUGACAAUCUCAUCAGGAAGUAUGGAACUCACUUUCUGUUGUCAGCUACACUGGGAGGAGAAGAGGCCUUAACGAUAUUUGUGGACAAGAGGAAGCUGAGUAAGAAAGCGGAGGUGAGCGAUUACUCUGGCAACUCUUCCACCGUGACUCUGGAGGCUCUGCACCAGCUGGCCGCCUCCUACUUCAUCGACAGAGAGAGCACGCUGCGCAAGCUGCACCACAUCCAGAUCGCCUCCACUGCCAUCAAGGUGACAGAGACCCGCACCGGUCCCCUCGGAUGCAGUAACUAUGACAACCUUGACUCCGUCAGCUCUGUGCUGGUUCAGAGCCCUGAAAAUAAAGUCCAGCUGCAAGGCUUGCAAGUGAUCCUUCCAGACUACUUGAGGGAAAGUUUCGUGCAGGCUGCUCUCAGCUACAUCGCCUGCAACGGGGAGGGCGAGUUCGUCUGCAAGGACAGCGACUGCUGGUGCAGCUGUGACCCCAAGUUCCCAGAAUGCAACUGCCCCUACAUGGACAUCCAAGCCAUGGAGGAGAGUCUGGAGAGGAUCACAGAGACGUGGGGGACGCUUUACAAAGAAUUUGAGGAAUCAGAUGAAUUCAAGGCCUUCUACGCAAGACUGCCCCAGACCUAUUUCCUGAAUGUGUCAACCAUACAACACUUGUGGUCACUGGACAGCCUGUUCCAGUGGCGAUAUGAGCAGCUGGAGAACAGCAUGAGGGUCCUAUCCAGACGAGCCCAGAGAGUCAUCUUCAAACUCUUCAGCCUCAGUAAAAGAUGUCACCGGCAGCCACAAGUGCGCAUACCCAGAGAGCGGCCCCAGUCCUACUGGCUGAGUCAUUUCCAGUCUCUCCUGUACUGCUCAGAGAACAACCAGCUCGGUGCAUUCUCAGAGGAGCUCCACAGUUGCAGCUGUCAGUAUGAGCACAGCCCCUGUCAGCUGCCGCCGCCCUGCUCCGUCGGGGAAGGCUCGGCCUGCGCGGCGUGUGCACCAGACAACCACACCCGCUGCGGGAGCUGCAACCCGGGCUUUGCCCUGACGCAGGGGGGCUGCAGGGCUAUGGUGGCCGACUCCACUGAGAACUACCUUGGGUUUGAGACGGACCUCCAGGAUUUGGAGCUGGGCUACCUGCUGCAGAGAGCCGACCGCAGGCUAGAGGUCCAUGCAAUCUUCAUCAGCAACGACAUGCGACUCAACAGCUGGUUUGACCCAUCAUGGAGAAAGAGGAUGCUGCUGACGCUGAAGAGCAACAAGUACAAGUCCAACAUGGUCCACAUGCUGCUGGGAAUAUCCCUUCAGAUCUGCCUUACAAAGAACAGCACGCUGGAGCCUGUCCUCACUCUCUACAUCAACCCAUUUGGAGGGAGCCACUCAGAGAGCUGGUACAUCCCUGUCAACGAGAACAAUUUCCCAGACUGGCAAGCCACCAAGCUGGACCUGCCGUUCGAGUGCUAUAACUGGACUCUGACACUGGGCAACAAGUGGAAGACAUUCUUUGAAACCAUCCACAUCUACCUUCGCAGCAGGAUAAAGACUCAGAACGGGGUGAAUGACAGCGUUUAUUACGAGCCUUUGGAAAUGACGGAGCCUGCUCGGAACCUGGGCUACAUGAAGAUCAACAGCAUCCAGGUCUUUGGCUACAGCAUGCACUUUGACCCGGAGGCCAUCCGCGACUUGAUCCUGCAGCUGGACUACCCAUACACCCAAGGCUCCCAGGACACAGCCAUGCUUCAGCUCUUGGAAAUACGGGACCGGGUGAACCGGCUGUCCCCACCGGGUCAACAGAGGCUGGACCUGUUUGCCUGUCUUCUCCGGCACAGACUCAAACUGACCGCCAGCGAGGUGGUCCGCAUUCAUGCCUCCUUACAGGCCUUCAGCUCACGUCUGCCCAAUUCGAUGGAUUAUGAGACUACCAAAUUGUGCAGUUAACAGCUGCUCUAAAGGAAACCCGGGCCAUUUAUGGAACAAGGAGAACUCCUGGACAUAAGACGAGUGCCCUAUGUGGUUCAGAUGCUUAUAUGUGUGCUUGGUCUCUGUGGAUUACCAAACUCUGUGGUUAAUCAGGCGAUGACCAGCUAUGGACAGCUAAGGAAUGUACUCAUCUGGUUGUUUUCAUUUUUGUUUUGUGACAACUACCUUCAGUGCUAUAUUAUAAAGAAUGGGCUGGAUCAGUGAGGAAAUGCACAACCGUUUCUCCAGAACAAACUCUUUAACAACAAGAAUUCUACAGUAAGAAACUCCCAAGUACCGCUACUUAAAGUUGAACCAUCCUGUUUCAAUAUGACUCUGCUCAUUUAUACUGUAAGUACUGACGCCAAGCGAAUGGACAUUUUAUGGUGAAGAUGGUACAGUCUGUUCGUUUGUAAUUUUUAUAUGUUUCUUUGCUUUAGUGACAGUGCACUUUCCAUGAAGACCAGAAUACAGUGGUGUCAGUCAAGAUUUUGUAGAUAAAUUGAUAUUAAAACAUCAUGUUAUAACAGA